AUGAAGGGGAUCCAGCCUAGACUGCCAAAGUCCAUCCUGGACCAGAUUCAGGACUCAGGAAGUAAAAACAGCGGGAGCAGGCAGUCGCUCAAGAACACCAGGAAGCAAGGCCGAAAAGACCGGCGCAAGCAACAGCGCCUAGAUAAAAAACAGGCCAGACACAACAAUGCUCGAUUCUCCCACCAGGCAGAUGGUUCCAGCGACUCGGAAUCAUCAGACGAUGAGCCAGAGCCUUCGUAUUCUAAAAAUAAAUCGACAGUACAACCCUCCGACCUGAAAAAAAAGACUCCCAACCUAGCGCAAAAGACCGAUAGAGACGAUACAGUACCGACGAAGAAGGUGGAGGUUACAAAGAAAGUCGAGACUACGAAACCAGUUAUCCGGAAAGCGGUGGCCGAAAAACUUGACGAAGAUGAUGCUGAAAUCGCUGCUCUCGAGAAGAAAUUAAACAUCAAGGGCAAGAAACUGCCCACUGCUUUCAAAGAGGAUAAUCUAGACUGGCUCUUAGAUGGGUUCGAUUCUGAAGAUGAUGAACUCGAGAAUGAUCGACAGUAUCUUGCCGAAAAGCGGGGCAAGAAGCGGAAGAGGAAUGAGGAGGAAGAGCAUGGUGGAAACAUGAGUGAAUCAGGGAGCGAGGACUUCCAGGGUUCUGACGAGGAUAUGCUUGAAGAUAGUGAUAUAUCCGGUUCUGAGGAUGAGGGAAGUGAGGACGUCGAUAUGGAGGAUGCUGAAGGUGAUUGGUCUGGCUUCUCAUCAGACGCAGAUGAUGACGACCACGAUGCAGGAGACUCACAUCCACCGGCGCCUAAAGCUAAGCUUACAAAACCAGAUCCCACAAAACCUGCCAUCACAGCAGAUCAACCAACAAAAUAUAUACCCCCAGCCCAGCGAAGGAAACUCGCCGAGCUGCCCACAGAUGAUAUGUUACGCAAGAAGAUCCAAGGCCAAGUCAACCGUCUCACAGAACAAAGCAUGCUACAAAUCGUCAAAUCGAUCGAGGAACUCUAUCGUGAAUACCCAAGGCAGAGUGUCACGUCGACACUGACAACCUUGGUUCUAGCAUCAGUUUCCAACGAAGUCAACACAAGGGAGACAUUUUUUACGUUGUACGGUGGUUUUAUAGCCGCAUUGUAUAGGAUAUUGGGAACAGACUUUGGGGCACAUUUUGUUCAAAAUCUAGUUGAAGAUUUUGAUAAGUCCUACGGGGAGACAGUAAAGCUGGGGGAUGACCCGGCAGUCACAUCCACAAGCCCCAGCAAGAAGCAAGUCAAUGAUCUUGUUUCGCUACUUGCUGAGCUCUAUAACUUUGGGGUUGUUGGGUCAAGCUUAGUGUUUGACGUUAUUAGGAUAUUUACGUCUGAAGUCGCUGAGUUAAAUGCGGAGCUAUUACUAAAGAUCGUAAGGAGUAGUGGACCCCAGCUGCGCCAGGACGAUCCAACAGCUCUAAAGGAUAUCGUAUCUAUGCUUAAUGUCUCAGUCGCCAAAGUCGGUACCGAUAAAUUAAGCACAAGAUUCAAGUUCAUGAUCGAGACUUUGUCAAAUCUAAAGAAUAAUAAGGCGAGAAAAACAAAUGACGCUUCCGUUGUAGCAUCAGAAGCUAUCGUCCGUAUGAAGAAGACGCUGGGCACCCUGAACAGCAGAUCUUUACGGGCUACUGAACCUCUUCGACCCUCGCUCAAGGAUAUUCGAGAAGUAGAAACAAAAGGAAAAUGGUGGCUUGUUGGGGCUAGCUGGAGGAAUAACAUGCUUGAAGACGAGCCGAAGGUUAACGAGAGAGACGAAGAAGAGGCUGCAUCUGCAGUAUCGGACUCUGAGGAUGAUAUCAUAAACUACCAGCAGUUGGCUAGAGAACAGCGGAUGAACACAGAUAUCCGUCGAGCGAUAUUUACCGCUAUUAUGGAUGCAGGGGACUAUACCGACGCACGAGAGAAACUCUUCAAACUUCGUCUCAAGAAGAAUCAAGAACGGGAAAUACCCCACGUCCUCCUACACUGCUGCGGUAACGAAGCACAGUAUAACCCAUACUAUGCGCUUAUUGCACAGCAACUAUGCACACAACACCCUCUCCGCAUGGCAUUCCAAUUCAGUCUUUGGGAGGUUUUCCGGAAGAUGGGUGAAGAAGAUGACAUGAACCGCGGCGAGUCCCAUAUUAUGGACGAGGACGAAGAUGGCAUGCCACUUAGGAAGAUUGUUAAUUUGGCCAAACUUUACGGAUACCUGGUGGCACAUAGAUCACUAUCCUUGAAGGUACUAAAAACGCUACAACUAGUCUCCGUGCAGCCUAGUACGAAGAAUUUCUUGGAGGUAUUCUUUAUUACACUAUUCUCGCAGAUUAUGGAGAGGUAUCCCGGGUCUUCAAGUAAGCGGGAAUCAAGGCUUCGAGAGCUGUUUCGAGAAACGGCGGAGAAUCCAUCGCUUUCGAGAGGAUUGGAGUACUUUCUAAAGAAGAAUGUGGCGGGGAGUGAUAUUACUAAUGGGAAGAAGGAGAAGAAGGCAGUGAAGCAGGGAUGCGAGGUCGCUGCAGAGGUACUCAGAAGGGCGAUAUUGGAUGGAACAGAGGAGUCAUAA